CGGGCACACACACCGAGCCAGCCGGCUGCCCGCUCCUCCCUCCCUCGCCCGGGCCGGUCAGCGCGGAUGGAGGAAGGUCGCAGACAGACAGCGGAGGCGUGAACAAUCGGGAGGUGGGCGGAGCGGAGCCGCUGCGACACGGGUGACAGUUAGCUGAGGUCGAGUAUAAGGCUGCGGGCGCUGCGGUUCCGCUGGCAGGGAAAACCGUCUCACGGACGGACCGUUUUACCAUUGCCGAGCGCCGACUGUAGGCAACCCCCUUCCCCUCCCGGGGCGAGCACCGAGUUCGGGACAGAUCCGCUGCCCCCUCGGGCACCGUCUGCUGGACAAGCCGUUCCUCCGGGACUGAUUUCCCCGCCCCUCAGAGCACCUUCUCCGGGGCGGCACCCCCUCUCUCGUCCCGCCGCCGAGCAUCGUCUCCAGGACAGCUCAGGGCUGCGUCCGGGGAGCCACCGUCUCCGGGACACAGCCCACUCCCCUCCCGUCCCGUCCCGGCCGCCACAAAUAUACGGACACUCGCGAUGGGCGUGCGGGCGGGCGCCUGGCGCCAGCUGGUCAACUACUUGCACGACCCGCACUGGGUGGCCAGAUUUCAGCAGCUGUGCGGGGUGACCGCCGUGCCCCUCGCCAACGGCAGCUGCCGCCAUGAGGCCGGGACCGUGGGCGCUGGCGAGGCCGGGGCCGGGGCCAGGCACCGCGGAGACCCCGGCGGCGCCUCAAACUGGAACGGCGUGGCCUGCGAGCCGGCCGCCAGCGCUGACACCGGGCACUGCGGCGACCCCGCCGCCGCCGCCUCCAAUCCGGGAGAAGCCGAGCGGCGGCUUUUUGCUGCCCACAAGAAGAAGCCGAGGCGCAGGAACUCGCUGAACGAGGAGGCUGCGGGCGCCGAGUUCAUCAUCCGCAACCGGCUGCUGUACUACCUCUUCAGCCUGGGCACCGAGCUAGGCAACGAGCUGUUCUGCAUCACCUUCUUCCCCUUCUGGCUCUGGAAUAUCGACCCGUACGUCGGCCGCCGCUUGAUCGUUAUCUGGGUGUGGGUCAUGUACCUGGGCCAGUGUACCAAGGAUAUCAUCCGCUGGCCGCGACCCUCCUCUCCUCCUGUGAUCAAGGUGGAGAUCUUCUACGACUCUGAGUACGGGAUGCCCUCCACUCACGCUAUGUCAGGCACGGCCAUCCCUUUCUCGCUUUUCUUCCUAACCUGCGGCAGAUGGGAGUAUCCCUAUGCAAUUGGACUACUCCUUGCUUCCAGCUGGUGCAUCCUUGUAUGUCUCAGUCGACUGUACAUGGGGAUGCAUUCUGUUCUGGAUGUAAUUGCUGGUGUGCUUUACAGCAUUCUAAUCCUGAUCGUCUUUCACCCGGCUUUGGACUUAAUUGACAACUUCAAUUUAACCUACAAGUAUGCUCCUCUGUUCAUCAUCGGCCUUCACCUGGGAAUGGGCCUCUUUUCAUUUACCUUGGACACAUGGAGUACAUCUCGUGGAGAUACUGCUGAAAUUUUAGGCACUGGAGCAGGUAUUGCCUGUGCUUCUCAUGUCAACCACAUGUUUGGCAUAUUGCCUGACCCGCCACUUGUUGCUCUGCCGUUUACUCCCCCUUCGAUCACAUUUCAGCUCAUUGCAAGAGCAUUCCUACGUUUUGCAAUCGGAGUAGUGGUCCUGUUAUUGACCAGAGCAGUGCUGAAAGCAAUCACUAUUCCUCUGGCCUGCAAAAUAUUCCGUAUUCCAUGCACAGACAUUCGCCAGGCACGAAAAAGAAUGGAAGUGGAGCUUCCCUAUCGUUACUUGACAUAUGGAACUGUAGGAUUUGUGGCCCUGUUUGUGAUUCCCUGCUUAUUCAGUUACCUGAACCUCGCUUGAUGGGAUACCAGAUGUUUUCAGCCGAUUAGCUGAAAGAAGCAAUGCAAAGUUCAAACUGUGGGUAGGGGUGGGGAUUACGUGGCGGAAUGGUUAUAUAUUCUGCCUCAAUCCUCGAGAUUCCAUGGACACAUGAAGCCUGGACAUUUGCAGGAGGGGGGAGAAAAUGGACAUGACUGAAAUUUCAGCUGGUUGCUAUUCCCACUAUCAGAUAGAGACCAGCCAUUCUGAUGAGAAUGAACUCUUAAUGAUUAUGAAAAUUCCUCUUAAAUGCUAGCAAAACUGAUUAAAUCUGUGCAGGAUGAACGCUGUGUAAUAUAAUCUUAAUAGUCUCAAGGUUCAGGUAUUUUAACAGCUUAUUCAAUUGUGCCUUUGAGUUUAUUACAUAAGAAUUGCUGUACUUUCUGCAGUGAUCAUAAAUUCUAAAUGCCUGAGAUGAGUUGUGCAACUUUUUUUUUACCCAACACUUCCUAAUACACUUUAGCUUGUUUUAGUCUUGAUACAUUUUUGGAUUGCACUGUUAGUUUGCAAUUUACAAUUGCAUUUUACAAAAGGAGUUUCAUCCAAGUGCAUAAUUCUUGUCGGUUUUAGAUGGGCCACCUUUUGCAUGCAAGUUUUGUGGUAAGCGUAUAACAAGAUGCCACCAUGUCUGAAUUGGAUGACUUUGUUUAAGUUUUCACUCUGUGACCUCCUUGUUAAACAUUAGUUGCUUCUGCCUCUCACAUUUAGAGCUACUGAUCAUUGGAAGCUUCUUCAUGUUAAAGAAAAAGAUAAAAUUACUGGACACUACAAAAGCUGGAGUUGAUAUUUCACAUGUUAGAAGUUAGUCCUGGCUCCAACCAAAAGUCCUCUGAUGAAAGGACUUAAUUGAGAAUAAUAUUGUGCCCUUAGCACUUAUGAGAAAAUGCUGCAGUGUUGUACCAUUUUAUUGCCGCAGGCAUUGAAAAAUCAUAUUUUUGCUCUACUGUCAUUCAUCAUAUUAUCCUGUCAAAUGUAGGUCGUGUAGGUUAAUAAUGAAAACAGCAGCUGUUGUUCUAGAUUUGAGCCUUCAGCAUUAUUGCAUGACUUGCUAUAACGGUAGCCAAGAUCACAUAAGGUACUAAUUUUGCUCUUGGUGUUUGAGUCAUUGAAGUAGACUGUUAUAUUUUACAGCGUGUCUUUGCACCCUUUCCCUAUAUGCAGUAUGGAAUCGGGUAGUCGUGUGUGGUGAGCUUGUCAGUGUUAAAGAUCUCUUAUAAUAAAUAAUGAAUUUAUCUUCUUAAAUCUGUAGAUUAUGUUGUCAUGAAUAGCUUGAUCGCCUCAUUCUAAGUUUGCAAAUAGAUUGCAUUAAUUCAACACUAUACUUUUUGCAUGGGGCUCUGCAAUUCAAUUAGCUCUAUAUUAAAGUCAACUUUUCAUAUGCAUCUGGUUAUCAGCCUCUAUUUAAUUUCAUUUUUUUUCUCUAAUCUUCCAGAAACUAAUAGUGAUAAUGAUAACCCUGCCAAGAGGAACUUGAGCUGCACUUGUCUUAAUGCAGCAUUACUCACAACCACAUUGUUACAGCACUAACUGUAUUAAAAGAAAUCUAUUCUGUUUUACUUUCAGUAUGAAAUGGCAUCUUUUCUUUAUCCUUCUCCAUUCUGCUAUGGUCAAAACCAGAAUGCCUAAUGGGAAGAACGCUGACCAGUUCCUUUCAAGCAGUUGUUAUUUGUUAAUGUACUAAAGAUCUGUUAGUUCUACAAAGGUGUCCCUCCAUCAGACAUGGAAGCAAAUUAGGCCAUUCGGCCCAUUGAGUCUACUCCACCAUUCCAUCAUUACUGAUUUAUUAUCCCUCUCAACCCCAUUCUCCUGCCUUCACCCCGUAACUUUUGACACCCUUACAAAUCAAGAAUCCAUCAACCUCCACUUUAAAUAUACACAAUGUCUUGGCCUUCACAGCCAGCAGCAGCAACGAAUACCAUAGUUUCACCACACUCUGGCUAAAGAAAUUUCUCUUCAAUUGUUCUAAAUGGACAUCCCUCUAUUCAGAGGCUGUGCCCUCUGGUCCUAGACACCCUUUCCAUGUCCAAUCUAUGUAGGCCUUUUAAUAGUCGGUAGGUUUCAGUGAGAUCCCCUCCCCCCAUUCUUCUAAACUCCAGCAAGUACAGGCCCAGAGCCAUUAAACACUCUUCAUGCAUUAACCUUUUUAUUCCUGGGAUCACUCUCCUGAACCUCCUCUGGACCCUCUCCAAUGCCAGCUCAUUCUUUUUUAAAUAAGGGGCCUAAAAUUGCUCACCAUAUUCUGUGCAAAUUGAAUAAUUAAUUGAAUUCCACACUGAGGGCCAUAUUAGGGUAUCACUGCAGUCUAUCAGGCUGAAAAUCAGUCAUAAAUUCACAUUUCAAUAUCAUACAAAAGAUUAGUUUUCUUGUCUUUCCAUUCUUGCUGCUGUGACUUGUGCUUUUAGUUAUUACUUUCAUUAUUAGCAAUGAAAUUAUUACUAUUCACUAUUACGUAUUGAUUUUAGUAUCAGUCAGUUAGUGGGUGCCGUCCCGAAUCCGGGGUUGGUGGCUAUGCACCUCCAUCUUUAUCGAUCUUGCGACAGCACUGAGUACAGCCUCUCUUCCAGUUUGUUCUCACUGGCCAUGUUGGCCUCCAGUCGCGGCCGCUUCUUCCAGCUCGGCCCUUCCUUAGGCAGGUCCAGGCACACGGUGCAGUGCCCAAGUUCAUCAUAUCUCUUCUAACUAGGUGCAUAGCAUACGAUUCAUAGAUACAUGGUGAGGCUUUAAUCUCUUCCACAGAAGAUGGCCGUUGGCUCACAAGGAGCUUAUCCACCCUUUGUCAAGUCUUGUUUUUUCUAGUCCUGCUGGGUGUCCUCACACCCUCCUCACCAGACUAAGUCCGGUGGCGGUGCAGGCCCAAAUCGCUGACCACUUGACCACGGCCCCCGGCUAAGCGCUGGGCGCCUGCCCCCCUGCUGAACCUCUCCGAGCGUCCGGCGCCCGACCGAAAAACUAUAGUUUCAGUGUAAAAGUGUUUAAAUACCAGACUUUUGAAUACCAGACAUAAGAUUGUAAAUUAUUGACAAACAGAUAUCGUCCUUUUCCCUACCAUGCACCUUGGUCUUAUUGCCAAACCAAAUAAUGUCCUGUGGGGAAGUUUAUGCUGUGUCAGAGGGAAAGUAUCCUGUGGAUGUCGUGAGUGACUGAGAUGGAUUUCCAAUAGAGAAAUCCAUCAAAAUAUUACUGAAUAUUUUUCAGACUUUAUUUUAAGAGGAUGUAUUUGAAGGUGUUUCCUCAUUGCCUUUUAAACACCAGGAUUUUUGUAAAUGAAACAAAGAGUUUAACAAUAUUUGUGUAGGUUGUGUAAUGUGUCUUUGGUUGUAUCUCACUCGAGUUGCGUAAUUUCCAAAGUCAUUGGGUGGAAAGAGAUUUGCUGAAUCUGACCCUGUUUACACCUCAGAAUUGGAUUGCUAUAUUUUUAUACGGAGCUGAUCUAAUCGGAUUAGAGCCUGUGAUACUUGUUUGCUUUCACAGAUCAACGGAAUUGCGUGGUAUUGUAUAGGGGAACACUUUGUUUCUAUGCCAUUCCAUUAAACCGUAGGGCUAUUAAUGAGACUUGCUGCCUAUGCUAUCACUAUAUUCAUAGGAUAGAAUAUUGAAAGAUAUUAUGGAGGGCAGGAAUAGGGAGAAAUUAUUUUUUUAUAUACAAUUGCUCUAAAUACUUCCUAUACUCAAACAACCCCAUUGAUUUUGUAAAUGGCCAAACCAUCAAAUAUGAUUGAAGAUGAUGUGACAAAUUGCUAUUAUACUCUCCAUGUGCGAUGAUACAACUAACUGCAGUCAAGUACAAAAGCUGCAAUAUGCUUGAGCUGCGUAGUAUAUUUGAAAAUUCAGGAAAUAUUUGGUUUCCAAUUUGGAAGCUUAAUGUAAAGGAUUAGUUUAUUCCCAUGUUUGCAUUGGUCUUUCAUCUUUAACCAUAGCUUUGAUUGAUAACCCCUUGGAAACUAUUCUUUGUCUAGUUGCUGACUCUGACCAAGUUGAACAUUGGAUAUACUGAAGGUGAUAUUACCAAAAUACUAUUUUAAUUUUGUAUUUGUAUUAAAUAAGUGGUUGUUAAAUAUAGGAAUCUGAGAUUGAUUCUGGAACAAAACAAUUUCUCUGGGUAUUAACUUGAAGUUUGAUUUUUCUUUAAUUCAUUUUGUUUUCCAUCUCCUUUCUCCAAAGUAGCACAGUGAUUGGGGAGAUCAUUCACCACCUUCGUUACUACAUGACCCAAUACAAUGGUACCCAGCUUGGCACUCAGGAUGCGUUCCCAGGAACAAGGGUUCUUGUAGAGCAGCACUAAAGUCAUACUACAGUAGUAUUAGACAUUUCUGGCUCUGUUCUUUGCCAUAAUCUGGUGUGAAACCAAGACCACCUCUGGCAACCCAUGGCUCGUGGAGAGGAUGCCAGUGAGGGCUGGUGUUGGGUUGACUUGUUAUGCAACAAGUGGUGUAGUCACUUAGCAUUGAGAUCUGGUCUUGUGCUGGGGAUAUGAUCUUUCAAUGCCACUUGUUGGAUGUGAUGGAAGCUGCUUCUUUUUGGCCUGCUAUGAGAUUCUCCAUGGUACGAAGCUCAACAAUAGCCACUGACCUUUCAGCUCAUAGUGGCUUUCACCGCACACAACAGUAAGUGAUGAGAGAGGCAGCCUGGCAGUACUGCAGGUUCCAGGCCAUCUGGUGUAGGUGUUGCCUGUCUUUAGCAACAGCCGUGCUCAAUGCCCCUAGCAACAGGUUGCCAAGAGCUGCACAUCCCAGUGCUAAGCAGUUGUGCCAGCUCAGCCCUCACAGCCAUCCUCCCCACACUACCCAUGUGUACCAGCAUAGGGUAGGGCUUUGAAACAUGGCAAGCAGUCUCAGCAGGUACUUUUUUAGGGUACAGUGGAUAGGUAUGUGUGUAUCACAGUUUAGACUGCAGGACUAUGGGAAGUGGGGUACUUGUGAGUAUCUAGCUCCACGCUGCACUUGUAAUUAAAAUGUCAAGAAAUGUAUUUGCAUAGUUUCAGUAUGGCCAUAAAAAGGAAAAUUUGCUUUACCUUUAAGGUCUACUGAAAUAAAUAUAUGCAAAUUGGAUAAGGUGGCAUCUAACUGUUAGAACAGUGGGCAGCAUUAUACCUCAAAUGUAAAGAAGUUACCUUUGCUAAAGUAUAGUGUGCUACUGUAAUUCAUUGAAUUACACCAACCUGAAUUAUGGCUUGUAAGCGAUGAUUAAUGAUAAAAUGAGAGUUACAAUAUUUUCCUAUCUAGAUUAUUCCAUUUUCAUUUUUUGUAAAUGACUUCCCUUCACAAACUUGCAGUCAGGAAUUAAUAUUGACUUUCCUACAUCUUUUGAGUUAGUGAUCUGUGGGAAAAGGUUUCAGUUUUAUUUUGAAGUUGUCAUUGCACCUCUUCGUUGACUAUUCUGAAGGAAAUAUUUGAGGCAGAAAGUACAAUGUGCUGCACUCAAAGAUACAAAUUUUACCACUGUUGGAAGGAUUAAGUUUUUCAGUAAGGACUGUUUAUAUUGACAUUUGUAGACUCUAUUCAGGUUUUUAUCAUUUCACAAUAUUAAGAAGCAAAAUGUGUGUAUUAUUUGAAAUAUCCCCAAAGGAUUCACAACAUAAGUAUUGUUUAUUUUAUGCAAAAUGUUGGAUUGACUUGGUGCACAUGUACAUUUAUUUGGUCCAACUCCUUACAGACAUGGAGAACAUUUUCUUAUUCUGUUGUUUUGAUGGAUUUAUAAUAUAAUGUAUGAUUAUCUUGUUAACUUUGUCAACUACAUUUCAGAUUAUAUGAACAACAUAAUCAUCCAUUGUAAAUUUAGAAUUAGAACUGCAAGGUUAUAUGAUGCCUCUGAACAAUUUUUGGAAUGCCCUCUCAUUCAUUCCAUAUAAGUAAAUAAAGUGUGUUUGAAUUUGGAGAGCACAAUAGUUUGAUUUUAAAACUGUUAAGUGUUAUAACCAAAGUAGAUUUUCUACAGCACUAAGAACUGUGUACCCUUGAAUGGUGAAAGUUAAUCCAGAAGUGGCUCACAAUUCUAUUGCUUGCAUUUUAACUACAAAAGUAUUAAAUUUGAUUAUUUAAAUACAUGUUUGUAUCACUUCUCUAUUCAAACACACAAAAAGGGUUUUGGUUUUUAAAUAUGCAGCAGUGGUGCAUAUAUUGUAUGGUAGAAUUGGCAAAUCACUUGAAACCAAAGUGUUUCUUUAAACUGUUAUGGACAUUUUUUUAAAGUGGAAAAUGUAUUUGAGAUUUAAAUCUGAUACUCUCCAGACCUUAAAGGAUAUUAAAUACUUUGAAUAAAACAUGUUUAUUUAAUAAGACACUAAGUGCAUUUCCUUUACUUAAGUGUUAACUAAUUUAAGACUGCAUGAUAGACAGAUUUUCUGAUUAAGAAUGUAUUGAUUCUUUAGAAAAAUGAAUGGCCAUUAAUAGCGGUAUCUCAACCUCUCCCUAACUUUGCCCCUUUGACAUAAUUUCUUUGCACAUAUUUAAAGUUGUCAUCCAAUUGAAACAGCAUGAACAGUCAGCCCCCAGGGUUUUCCUAAAUUGAGAUGUGAGAAAGCAUUGUGUACAGCUGGAAAGGGGGCUGACAAAUCCGGAAAAAUGAGGUCUGCGCCGGGGAGUCUUGUGUGAUACAUUGGUACUUGGAAUGUAAAUCAGACCAGCAACAGUGAAUCCAAUAAAACGAGUUCUGGAAUGUGUUUCUAACAAACAUGCCUCCACUUCCUGCAAACAUAAUAGACCCUCUGAUUUCAACUAACUAAUUUAAAAUGGCCAGAGAUGCAUUAAUAGAAUUGUGGAAUUAGUUCUGGAGUCUCAGUACAAAAACAAAACGUAUUAACUGCCUUGUAGUUGUAGCGAAUGGUGGUUUGUCCCCUUAAUCAUCACUUAAAAAGUCACUAACGCUGCCAACUUUACAAUGGAUGCAUUUGUGUAUUUUGGAUUAUAAUCAUAUGGCUAUUAGACUGUAACUGAAUGUGAAUUCAUUUCAAAAUGCUACAAAUGCAAAAAAAAAAGUAUGCAUGAUAAAAUCCUUCAGUGUUCGCUGUGCCAGAAUUUCUACAUGUGGGACUUUUCAAUUUGAACAGGAUCCAGGAAGGGAUUGAAAUUAACUAUUUGCUUCCUUUGCUUAUUCAGAAUUAUUUCCUAUUUACUCUUUGAUUAUUAUGAAGCUUUCAACUACUGUGGAUGCAUUUCCGUUAAUUGCAGUUGCCACGCAAGAUUUUUUUUGUUAACAUGAGUCGUGUGCUCAUUAACCAUUAAAACUUAAACUAGUUCAGUAUGAAUCUACUAAUAAAACAAGGAAGAUGUUUUUCAUCACUGUUGGCUUUUUAGUGUUUCUCUCAAAACAAAUUCAAUAUUUUUGGUGUGCUGGCAUUUCAAUUUAAGAGGCAGUCAAUUAGAGUUGGAGCAUUGGCAUGCCACCUCAACCUGCUCAGGAAAUAAGCUGAAGCGUGUGCCAUGAAUUGUUUGGAAAAUAGUAACUCGAUUUGCUGUAGAAUAAUCCAUUCAAACAUUUUUUAGUGGGGAUUUCAUGAGGUAGGUUGGAGGGAUGGGUCUUGAAGGAAAGAAUGGUUCAAUUCUUCACGGUUAACAUUCCAAGCAGUCCAUGAAGGAAAAGGCUAUUGCUAAGGUGUAUGACUAAGUAAAUGUACUGAUAAUUAACUGUUUAAUAUUACUAUUUGAAUGUCGAGCAAUUUUGAUUAAAACUGCACUGCUUUCUUUUGUUCAAACUGUAGAACAAAAAGAUAAGUUUAACUACUGUCUGAAUGUAUUUGUCAUGCUUCUUUUCCAAAGUCUAAAGAUCUAUUUAAAUGUUAUGUCUGCUUUGAACUGUGUAGCUUUAAGUUUUGUUGUGUGUGUGUGUGUCUGAGUCUGAGUCUGAUUUUGUUUUUCUCCCCACUUCCUCCUCUCAAAAUACUGUUAUCUCAGCUCUGAGAGUCAGCAAUAUCUGGUGUGUGGCAUAGCACAUAAUUCACUUGGAUGACUGCAGUUUGUACAUUGCACUGUACUUAAAAUAAAA